UCAAAUUAUUAAAUACAUACUUAAAAGGACUAUUUUUGAACUACCACCAAGCUUUCUGAAGCCGCCGGUGAACUAAGCAGCCGCCAUAAGCACAUACUGAUCGGCAAAAUCAUCGGAAAAACACUCCGUUUAUGUUAUUCAGGUAUGGAUAUAGCUCAUUGCCAUCUAGAUGGAAAUGCUGAUGCUGUGGAGUUUUGUCCACACGAAUCUUUUCACAAUGUUCUAGCAGCAUGUACUUAUACUUUACAAGAAGGAGAUCAACCUAGUAGAACUGGUAGUAUAUCCCUGUUUGAUGUUGAUGCUGAUUCCAGUCGCCUUAGUUUGAUAAAUAGAGUACAAACAGCUGGUAUAUUUGAUAUAAAAUGGAGCCCGAUCAGUGGAACUGUGGGGCCACUACUGGCUCAAGCUGAUGCUGAUGGUUAUGUUAGAGUUCACAAACUUGAAUCUUGUUUGGAUGAAUCACAAGUUCCUGGGAAUAGUUUACUGGAGAUAAGCGACGAACAUGUCAGUUCCUCUAUGUGCUUGUGUAUAGACUGGAAUCCAUCAGCUACAUCCCUCGCUGUGGGGCUUUCAGAUGGAUCAGUCUCGAUAACUUCACUCCUCGAGUCUCAACUGAGCAUUUCCAGAGACUGGAAAGCGCAUGACUUUGAAGUUUGGGCUGCCUCUUUUGAUAUCCACCAACCACAGCUGGUGUAUACAGGUUCAGAUGACUGCAAAUUUAGUUGCUGGGAUUUGCGAGAUGAUCCCUCUAACAUAGCAUUCCAAAAUAGAAAAGUUCACACAAUGGGGAUUUGCUGCAUUGCUAAGAGUCCAAGUGACCCUUAUACCUUACUCACCGGUAGCUAUGAUGAACACCUAAGGGUAUGGGAUGUAAGAUCAACCGCAAAACCUGUACAUGAGACGUCAAUCUCCUUAGGUGGAGGGGUUUGGAGAAUUAAGUACCAUCCUUCUGUACCGGACCUAGUCUUGACUGCUUGUAUGCACAAUGGAUUUGCAAUUGUCAAAGUUAAAGGCGAUCAACCUGAAGUAGUUGAAACCUAUAAUAAGCAUGGUUCCCUGGCAUAUGGAGCAGAUUGGCAAAGAGGUCGCUUAGAGAAGAAUAAUGUCAUCGCUACUUGCUCGUUUUAUGACCAGCUCCUUCGUGUAUGGAUGCCAGAAGUAAUGGAAGCAAUUGUCCCAACCAUCGUAAAAUAACAGCACCUGGCUUUGCCCAUUCACAAGGACUUGAUUCUAUGUCCAAACAUAACAUGCCAGCAGUUGUGGUUACCAUCACGGGUACUCAAGAUAUUGGUUGCUCGAUCAACCAAAAUCGAAUUCAGAUAUUUUUAUUUCUUGUUAACCAA